AUGAAUCAGCACCGUGACGGAAAUCUGGGCGGAAUGGAGACAAAAGCGGAAGACAAGCCGCAACGUGAACAACGAAGAGAAGGAGAAAAUGUCGAGAAAAAGGUCGAAAAUGCACCCGCCAGACACACCGAGUCGGAGCGUUCACGCGAAAGCCAUGAUAGACAUGACACCGAUCAGACAGAGCACGCUCAACCUGAGCAUCCACGCGAGAGCCGUGGCAGCCACGACAGUGACUCGAGUUUGAUGAAAAAGGUGUGGGCCGGGCUCGAUAAAGGAAAGAAAGCUAAUGACGAUGAUGAUGAGCAAAGAGAACAA